AUGUGGCAUCCUUUGAGAAAGCUUCAAGAACUCUCAGAUGAAUUCGAGAAAAAAAUACUUUACGAUCAUCCAUCUGUUCCUUGCGCCUAUUGUUCUAUGCUGAUGAUGAGAGCUGUGGUUAAAUGGAUUGAUUACAAUCUUGACGAAACUUACGAUAUAAUGAUAGCAUUUUCAGACCUCCAAUUACCUUUACAAGCAUCAGACCUUUCAUCAGAUGUUCUGCCAACAGCUUCAGUUACAGCUGUAACAGUAAUUUCAGUGGGAGAAGUGCUGAUUUCAGAUGUGGUAGCAGAAUCUCUAGAAUGUUGA